AUAUAUAUAGAUAGUUUUUUGGAAUGGCGGGAAACGAAUGGAUAAACGGGUACUUGGAGGCGAUACUGGACAGCGGCGGCGGCGGGUCGUCGGAGCAGAACGUGCAGAAGGAGGUGAAGAUGAAGGAGAGGGGGGACUUCAACCCGACCAAGUACUUCGUGGAGGAGGUGGUGACCGGCGUCGACGAGACCGACCUCCACCGGACGUGGAUCAAGGUCGUCGCCACCCGCAACACCCGCGACCGCAGCUCCCGCCUCGAGAACAUGUGCUGGCGCAUCUGGCAUCUCACCCGCAAGAAGAAGCAGUUGGAAUGGGAGGAAAUGCAAAGGCUGGCAAAACGGAGGUGGGAAAGGGAACAAGGACGGAGGGACGCAACAGAAGACAUGUCUGAGGACUUAUCGGAAGGAGAGAAAGGGGACACUGUUGGAGAGUUGAUGCUGAGCGAGACCCCGAGAAAGAAGUUUCAGAGGAACUUUUCCAAUCUGGAAGUAUGGUCAGAUGAUAAAAAGGAAAAGAAGCUUUACAUUGUCCUAAUUAGUUUGCAUGGUUUGGUCCGUGGGGAGCAAAUGGAACUUGGUCGGGACUCUGAUACCGGUGGACAGGUUAAAUAUGUGGUAGAGCUUUCUCGAGCGCUUGCUAGAAUGCCUGGAGUAUACAGGGUUGAUCUUUUCACCCGCCAAAUCUCCUCACCAGAAGUUGACUGGAGUUAUGGCGAACCAACAGAAAUGCUAACUGCUGGCCCAGAAGAUGCUGAUACCAAUGAAUUGGGAGAGAGUAGUGGGGCCUACAUUAUAAGAAUUCCAUUUGGUCCACGAAACAAGUAUCUCCACAAGGAAUUGCUCUGGCCAUAUAUUCAAGAAUUUGUUGAUGGGGCUUUAGCUCACAUUUUGAAUAUGUCGAAAGUUCUCGGCGAACAAAUAGGUGGGGGCCAGCCUGUGUGGCCAUAUGUGAUUCAUGGUCAUUACGCGGAUGCAGGAGAUAGUGCUGCCCUUCUCUCAGGUGCUCUUAAUAUCCCGAUGGUCUUAACGGGUCACUCACUUGGGAGGAACAAGCUCGAGCAGCUCCUCAAGCAGGGACGGCAAUCAAAGGAAGAUAUAAACUCGACAUACAAGAUCAUGAGGAGAAUUGAAGGAGAGGAACUUUCUCUUGAUGCCGCUGAGCUUGUCAUUACUAGCACGAAGCAGGAAAUAGAAGAGCAGUGGGGUCUCUAUGAUGGGUUUGAUGUCAAACUGGAGAAAGUUUUGCGUGCUCGUGCUAGACGCGGGGUAAACUGUCAUGGGCGGUACAUGCCAAGGAUGGUGGUUAUUCCUCCUGGCAUGGAUUUUAGCAAUGUCAAUGUCCAGGAAGAUACCUCUGAGGUUGAUGGGGAACUGGCAGCGCUUAUUGGUGGUGUUGAUGGCUCUUCCCCCAAAUCCCUCCCGGCAAUAUGGUCAGACGUGAUGAGAUUUCUCACAAAUCCCCACAAGCCAAUGAUCUUGGCUUUAUCAAGGCCAGACCCAAAGAAGAACAUAACAACUCUUGUGAAAGCCUUUGGAGAGUGCCGCCCUCUGAGGGAGCUUGCAAAUCUUACAUUGAUCAUGGGAAACAGGGAUGACAUAGAUGGGAUGUCCUCUGGAAGCGCCAGUGUUCUUACAACAGUGCUGAAACUAGUGGACAAGUACGAUCUUUAUGGGCAAGUUGCCUUCCCCAAGCAUCACAGGCAGUCUGAUGUUCCAGAUAUUUAUCGUCUAGCAGCGAAAACAAAGGGCGUUUUUAUCAAUCCAGCUCUAGUUGAGCCAUUUGGUCUUACUCUGAUUGAGGCAGCAGCGCACGGGCUUCCUAUGGUGGCUACUAAAAACGGUGGACCAGUUGACAUUCACCAAGCACUGAAUAAUGGGCUGCUCGUGGACCCUCAUGAUCAACAAGCUAUUGCUGAUGCACUGCUCAAGCUGGUCUCAGAGAAGUCCUUGUGGCAUGAAUGCAGGAAGAAUGGUUGGAAAAACAUUCACCUCUUCUCAUGGCCUGAGCAUUGCCGUACGUACCUGACUAGGGUGGCAGCGUGCCGGAUGAGACACCCGCAAUGGCAAACUGCUACGCCAGAGGACGAUAUCCCAGCCGAAGAGUCGUUCAAUGAUUCCCUAAAAGACGUGCAAGAUAUGUCCCUUAGGCUCUCAGUUGAUGGAGAAAGAUCUUCAUUAAAUGGAUCUCUUGACCAUACAGCAAUCGCUUCUGGAGACCCAGAGCUCCAGGACCAAGUGAAAAGAGUUCUUAGCAAAAUUAAGAAGCAAGAAUCUUCUGAAUCGAUUGACAGUGAAGGUGCAAACAAACCACUUGAGAGUUCGGUGAGCAAGUAUCCAAUGUUAAGGCGGCGACGUAGGUUAAUAGUUAUAGCUGUUGACUGCUAUGAUGGUGAUGGGGCACCCAAAAAGAAGAUGGUUCAGAUGGUGCAAGAUGUUAUGAAGGCUGUCCGACAGGACCCACAAGCCACUAGGGUCUCUGGGUUCGCUCUAUCGACGGCUAUGCCGGUUUCAGAAACUGUGGAAUUCUUGAAGUCAGGGAACAUCCCAGUCAAUGAGUUUGAUGCUUUGAUCUGUAGCAGUGGGAGUGAAGUGUAUUAUCCUGGGGCCUACACAGAGGAAGAUGGAACACUUAUUCCUGACCCGGAUUAUGCAUCACAUAUCGACUACCGUUGGGGUUGCGAGGGCUUAAAGAAGACCAUUUGGAAGCUGUUGAAUACAUCAGAAGGAGAAGAGAAACUCGAGGAACCUGGUCCCAUUGAGGAGGAUACAGAAUCGAGCAAUUCGCAUUGCAUCUCAUACUUUAUAAAGGACCUUAGUAAGGCAAAAAAAGUGGAUGAUUUGAGGCAGAAACUCAGAAUGCGAGGACUCCGUUGUCAUCCGAUGUAUUGCCGGAACUUAACCAGAAUACAGAUAAUUCCUCUUCUGGCAUCUCGAGCACAAGCACUCAGGUACCUGUUUGUGCGCUGGAGAUUGAACGUCGCGAACAUGUACGUCAUCCUCGGGGAGAGCGGCGACACCGACCACGAGGAGAUGAUCGCCGGGGCCCACAACACUGUCGUGAUGAAAGGGGCGGUGUCAAGGGGGUCGGAGGAGCUGCUCAGGACAACGGGCAGCUACCUGAGGGAUGACAUCGUUCCGAGGGAGAGCCCGUUGGUGACUUACCUAAGCGAGGGUGCAACUCCAGAUGAGAUUGCUGGUGCUCUCAAGCUGGGCUCUAAAUCAGCCUCUGGGAUGUGAUGCGACAGUAAUAGCCCAGGAAUCCGGGCUCCGGAAGGAAUUCCAGGAAGGCCUUAUGGAUCAAAUCCCAAUUCGAUUUCCGAGGCGAUAAGAAGCGACGGGAACAUGAGAUGAGCAUGGCAAAGGUAUCAAUCGGAGUGCUCGCAUUCUUAUUAGAGUUAGCAGAUGGGCUAAACAGGCAUAUACAUUUGGAAUAGAAGGUUAGAAAGACAAGCUGAAAGCAAGACGCUCUGUUAAAUCCCUGGCAUGAUUUUUUCGAUGAUGUAUUCAAGACAAGAACCUUAGUCAGGAACCAUCAGUUAUCUUUUGAAUCAAAGUAACGAUGAGCCUAGUAUUAUGACUCCAAAAUUUUAGAGUCAUUUUUUCAAUUUUCUUUUGUAGUAUUUUUUUCCUUGGAGGAAAAGAGCAGGUUAUGUUAUUAUUAGCUUUCAAGGGUUCAUUCCAAUUCAUUUUAUAAAAAGGUAACACUUGUCAUGAUUUUAUAUAUUCAAA